UGCUGAUCUUUCUGUAGGUAAUUGCAAAAGAGCCGCCUCAAGAAGAGAAGAAGAGAAGUUGUUCUGGUGCAGUUCCAGCAGCCCAUGCUGGAGUCCUUUAAUGACAACGGCUCUUUCAAGAGCCGCUCUCUCUACUGAUUCCGAUCAUGGCGGCCUCGUAUAGGGCGACCGUUUCCCGCUCUGCCAAUGUCUCUGGAGAGAUCCAGGGUUCAAAAGUAUUAUCAAAAAGCGGCUGGCGGCCGGCAAAUAAGUUCUUUCCUGGUUGCAUUCCUGUGCUUCAGAGCUUGGAGCAAACGUUUGGUCAACCUAGUAGGAAUCGGCACCUGGAAGCGAAGAGCCGUUCCCAAUUCUUUUCUUGCAAAUGCACCUCUAGUUUAAAAUGCGCCACAUCAAGUGCCGGGCUGCAGCAUUCUGCUACUGAAAUAGGAAGGGUCCAAAGGGCCAGAAGGAACAACACGUGCAGGGUGCAAGCAUUCCCAUUCUCAAGCCGCACCACUGAACCGGCACAGCCCGCUCCUGCCUCUGCAAAUGGCACGCACGAUGUCCCCAACGGAAAGAACGGCGCUAACCAAAACGGGUUAGCGAGCUCCGACCAACCCCCCGACAUGGACGAGAUCUCUGCCAAAGUGGCGGCGAUCGAGCGCCAGGAGGCCGCGAUGGUUAGGGAGCUUAACCACUUUGCGAGCCUGGUUAAGGAGACCAGCCGCGCGGUUACCGAACGGGCAAACUCGACGAGGAUUGAGAUGGCGAAGCUGAGGAAGACGGUGCAGCUGCAACAGCAGGAGGAGCUGCGUCGAAUCGAAGAGCUUCGGCGGCAAGGUGAGGAGAAGAUCAAGGAGGACUACCAGCGAAUGGAAGAGAUGCGUAAGGUGGAGGAUGAACGGCACGCGCUCGAAGCUGCGCGACUCGCCGAGAUCCAAGAGCAAGCGAGCACACUGGAAGCACUCGAAGCGGUGAUCGGUUUCGCCCCUAAAACGAGCGCCGCAGUCGAAGAGGGUUUAGCGCAGGGGUUAGGGGAGGGUUUAGGGAAGGGAUUGGCGGAAGUAGAGAGGGAAAAUGGACGGGAGGUGGACGAAGCGGGUUUAGAAAGAGGGUUAGGGUUCGGGGGUUUGGAGGAGGGGGCCAGAAUACUCGGGCCGGACGCGGUGGCGGUGCCGGAGAAGUACGAGUGCGUGGUGGCGCACCCUGGAGCGCUAUGUUGUACCAAAACGUACAUCCGCAAGGACCCCAACCUCCGGACGGCCGUCAUUGACAUGCAAACCACGGUGCAGUGCACGGGCGAUGCGCUCUCGUCCGCUGCGAUGCUCUCGCUCAACUCGGACGACUUCGUCGCUCUGGGGGUUCACUCGUUGGCGGAGGCCGCCGCUGACCUCAGCAAGAGCCGCGUUGCGCAGCUGGUGCAGGCGUCUCCAGACGUGGCUGAGAAGCACCGCGAGAUUCUGGACGUCCUGGCGACGGGAAAGAUCGUGUCCGCGCGCCCGAUGGAGCCCCCCAGCACGUUCGGACAUGAGAGCUUCGUCGUCGAGCUGCUGGACAAGAACAGCGACAAGAAGGUAACGGCACUCUUCAAGCCGAAAGUGGAGGGGGACGCAGACGGGUGGCAUAGGGCGCCGGUCGAGCUCAUAGCUUAUGAGCUCAACCUCAUGCUAGGCAUGGACUACGUCCCUCCGGUCGCAUACCGCAAGUCCGGCAUCGACGUGAACUACCGCCACUUUGACGAGGGCGCCUUUAUCUACUUCGUCCCCCGCACCAAGCCGCUCAAAAAAGUGCCCGCCGCUAGUUGGGGCGUCUCGGUCGCGCGCCUCCUGAGCGAUACACGUGUCAUCGACGUGCUGCUCAACAACUCGGACCGCCACGCCGGACACUUUCUGUUUGGCGAACACUGGGCAGACGGCAAGAUGUGGCCGGUGCUUAUUGACCACGCAGCAGGGUUUCGCAAGGAGGCCGUGGUUCACAUGGAGCACGAGAACGCGUUCCAGACGGGGUCGGUGCGGUGCGUGUCCGCGCGGACGUACUUGCGGCUGCGCUUCCUGGAGAAGAGUCAAAUCGCGGACAAGUUUUCGGACGUCCUGUCGGACAAGGAGAUGGACGGACUAUUGAAGCGGAAAGACAUGGUUCUUGCCUACCUCGACAAACUAGUGGCGGAACGGGGAUAUCACCGUACUGUAAUUGAAUAGAACCAAAAGUCACUAAACAAGAUGUCUGGGAAGGAGUAGAAGGGGACCCAAACCCGCCACCAUUGACUGUGACGGCUUUAUAAGUUGAAAUAAGCAUAGCUCAAACCAGCCCUAGUCGUAAAUUAGCGUUGAUAGAUAGGGUUCUGGACUCGGACAAAGUUGUUGGUCUCGUAGCUUUUGGAUAGAGUUUAUAGGCAUUGAAUAAGGAUUGUGCCUAGCACUUUGUUAGCAUUGGAACUGAUUCACAGAUCGCGUGUUUCAAAGUCUAGGACGAUCCAGCUUUGGGUAGGAGUCGUACAUACCCCGUUUUUGGCGGGACACAACCAUGUGAAUUGAAGUAGGAGCUUGAAAAGGUCAGAUGCCCUUAGCAAGUAAGCCCUACUGGCAUGCUUCAAACCUGUGCCUAAAUGAGCUCAAUCCUGGCAGUCACUUUGAUAUAUCCGAGC